GGGUGACCUGCCAGGAUGGUGGUGCUGAGGAGCUACUGUGAGGGCAACAGCUCCAUUGCCCAUGCCUGGGUCCAGCAAGGCUUCCAGCCCUGCUUCUUCUUCACUCUGGUGCCAGCCGUGCUGCUGAGUAUCUGCCUGCUGCUGGGUGCCCUGCAGUACACCUGCUAUGUCCGUUUUGGCCGUGCCAUGGAGCCCAAGUAUAUCCCCCGCUCCCGCCUCUAUCAUGUCCAGGUCAUACUGUCCCUGCUCCUGGCCCUGCAGCCCUUUGGUGGGCUGCUGUGGCAAGCAGCAGGGCCAGGACUGCUCUAUGGGUACAUGUUGCUGCACGCCUGCCUCUGGGCCCUCAGCUGGGGCUGCGCUGUUGCCCUCCUACAGCUGGAGCGUACACGGGUGCUGGCACGGGACCGGACGCGAGGCCAUGGCACUGUCCUUCUGCUCUUCUGGGCACUGGCCUUUGCCGCUGAGAACCUGACCCUGGUGUCCUGGAGGAGCCCAUUGUGGUGGUGGGCACUGGAGGACACCAACCAGAAGGUGCAGUUUGGUUUCUGGCUGCUGCGUUACAUUUGCACGUUCAUGCUCUUCAUUCUGGGCAUGAAGGCCCCAGGGCUGCCCCGCAAACCCUACAUGCUGCUGGUCAAUGAGGAGGAGAGGGAUGUGGAGAACAGCCAGCCACUCCUGCCUGACUCCAGCAGAACCACCUCCACCUGGAAGGAUUUCAAGAGGAAGUUGUGGCUGCUGGUGCCAUACAUGUGGCCAAAGGGCAACUGCUUGCUGCAAGGGCUGGUGCUGUUCUGUAUGACCCUUAUGGGGCUGGAGCGAGCCAUCAACGUCUUUGUCCCUGUCUGCUACAAGAACAUUGUGAACCAGCUGACAGAGGGCACUCCAUGGCACACCCUGGCUUGGACUGUCUGCAUCUACGUGGGGCUGAAAUUCCUGCAGGGUGGAGGUGCUGGCUCCACUGGCUUCGUGAGCAACUUGCGCACCUUCCUGUGGGUGUGGGUGCAGCAGUUCACCAACCGGCAAGUGCAGGUGCAGCUCUUUGCCCACCUGCAUGGUCUGUCCCUGCGCUGGCACCUAGGGCGUCGCACGGGUGAGGUACUGCGCAGUGUGGACCGGGGCACCAGCAGCAUCAACAGCCUGCUCAGUUACAUCAUCUUCAGCAUCGUCCCCACCAUUGCAGACAUUGUCAUCGGCAUUGUUUACUUCACCUCAGUCUUCAGCGCCUGGUUUGGCCUCAUCAUCUUUGUGUGUAUGAGCCUUUACCUGACUCUGACCAUCUUCAUUACCGAGUGGAGGACUAAAUAUCGCCGCGACAUGAACACGCGGGACAACGAGGCCAAGUCCCGGGCUGUGGACUCACUCCUCAAUUUUGAGACGGUGAAGUAUUACAAUGCAGAGACCUAUGAGGUGAACCGCUUUAACGAUGCCAUCAUCAAGUACCAGAUCUCAGAGUGGAAGGUUAGUGCCUCAUUGGGCCUCCUCAACCAGACCCAGAACCUGGUCAUUGGCCUGGGGCUGCUGGCGGGGUCCUUGCUCUGUGCCUACUUCGUCACUGAAAAUAAGCUGCAGGUGGGGGACUUUGUCCUCUUUGGCACCUACAUCAUCCAGCUCUACACACCUCUCAACUGGUUUGGGACUUACUACAGGAUGAUACAGAACUCAUUUGUGGACAUGGAGAACAUGUUUGAGCUCUUCCAUGAGGAGCAGGAGGUGAAAGAUGUGGUGAAUGCCAGCAACCUGCACUUGGAGGCCGGGCGGAUCGAGUUUGAGAACGUGCACUUCAGCUACAUGGAUGGGAAGGAAAUCCUGCAGGACAUCUCCUUUUCUGUGAUGCCUGGGCAGACUCUGGCCUUGGUGGGACCUUCAGGGUCUGGGAAGAGCACUGUCAUCCGUCUGCUGUUCCGCUUCUAUGAUGUGCGGGGUGGCUGCAUCCGCAUUGAUGGGCAGGACAUUUCCCAGGUGAGGCAGGCGUCACUGCGUGCUCACAUCGGGGUGGUGCCCCAGGACACGGUGCUCUUCAAUGACACCAUUGCCAACAACAUCCGGUAUGGACGGAUCCUAGCCAGCGAUGAAGAGGUGCAGGAGGCAGCCCGGGCUGCUGACAUCCAUGACCGCAUCCUUUCUUUCCCUGAUGGAUACAACACCCAGGUGGGAGAGCGGGGUCUGAAGCUGAGCGGGGGGGAGAAGCAGCGUGUCGCCAUUGCACGCACCAUCCUGAAGGGUCCUCGCAUCAUCCUGCUGGAUGAGGCCACGUCCGCACUUGACACAGAGACUGAGAGGAACAUCCAGGCUUCCCUGGCUAAGGUCUGCGCCCACCGCACCACCAUUGUUGUUGCACACAGGCUCUCCACUGUGGUGGGUGCAGACCAGAUCCUGGUGCUCAAGGACGGGCGCAUUGCAGAGCGAGGCAGGCAUGAGGAGCUGCUGCAGAAGGGUGGCGUGUAUGCUGGCAUGUGGCUGCAGCAACAGGCUGGGGAUGAGAGCGAGAGCAAGGAGCAUCGCACUGAGAAGCCGCCAAGCAGCAAGAAAGGACCAUGAUGAUGGCCAGAGGACUCUGUUGUGACACUGACCGGGGCCCACGCCCCCACGUUGCCAGGGAGCUUUUUGCCAGCUAUGGACUGGGGCCCCACAAGCCUCAGAGCUGCAGGGGCAGGGUUGGACACUCCUCUGUUUGUACCUGUUUGUUUUGCUGUUGUGUAGUUUCUUAAACCAGGUCCUUCCCAGCUCUGCUCAUGUGUGCUCUGGGC